UUCGUCGAUUUGGGAUUGCUUGCCAAUGUACUACUCCGGUGACACAUUUUUCCUACUUACUUUGCAGGUUUCUGCAGCACUUGAUGCUCUUGUGGACAUUGCCGAUGGAAGAAUAGAUAUCCAUGUCCUCAUGGCUCUUGCAGCAUUUGCUUCUGUGUUUAUGGGGAACUCAUUGGAGGGUGGCAUGCUUCUUGCCAUGUUCAGCUUGGCUCAUACCGCCGAAGAAUACUUUACGAGGAAGUCAAUGGUUGAUGUGAGAGAACUGAAGGAAAACCAUCCAGAAUUUGCACUGUUAUUAGAAACGAGUGGAGACGAGUCAACACGGUUUUCUAAUUUAAGUCAUACCAAGGUUCCUGUGCAGGACCUUACAGUGGGUUCUCAUAUUUUGGUCAGAGCUGGUGAGGCUGUGCCUGUUGAUGGAGAAGUUUACCAAGGUUCAUCGACAGUCACAAUCGAACACCUCACUGGUGAAACGAAGCCUCUUGAAAGGACAGUGGGGGAUGCUAUACCAGGUGGUGCUAGGAACCUGGAAGGAAUGAUGAUAGUACAGGUUUCUGCAGCACUUGAUGCUCUUGUGGACAUUGCCGAUGGAAGAAUAGAUAUCCACGUCCUCAUGGCUAUUGCAGCAUUUGCUUCUGUGUUUAUGGGGAACUCAUUGGAGGGUGGCCUGCUUCUUGCCAUGUUCAGCUUGGCUCAUACCGAAUACUUUACGAGGAAGUCAAUGGUUGAUGUGAGAGAACUGAAGGAAAACCAUCCAGAAUUUGCACUGUUAUUAGAAACGAGUGGAGACGAGUCAACACGGUUUUCUAAUUUAAGUCAUACCAAGGUUCCUGUGCAGGACCUUACAGUGGGUUCUCAUAUUUUGGUCAGAGCUGUUUACCAAGGUUCAUCGACAGUCACAAUCGAACACCUCACUGGUGAAACGAAGCCUCUUGAAAGGACGGUGGGGGAUGCUAUACCAGGUGGUGCUAGGAACCUGGAAGGAAUGAUGAUAGUGCAGGUGACCAAGUCAUGGGAGGAUUCCACACUCAACAGAAUUGUCCAGUUGACUGAAGAGGGCAUGAUAAACAAGCCAAAGCUGCAAAGAUGGCUAGACGAAUUUGGAGAGCACUAUAGCAGAGCUGUUGUUGUACUGUCUUUAAUGGUUGCACUACUGGGACCAUUACUCUUUAAGUGGCCUUUUUUCGGUAACUCAGUUUGUAGGGGUUCAAUUUACCGUGGAUUGGGGCUUAUGGUGGCUGCAUCUCCAUGUGCAUUGGCGGCUGCUCCCUUAGCAUAUGCCACUGCUAUCAGUUCUCUUACAAGGAAGGGAAUUUUGUUGAAAGGCGGGCAUGUCUUAGAUGCUCUUUCGGCUUCUCAGUCUAUUGCAUUUGACAAGACAGGCACAUUGACAACCGGGAAGCUUAUGUGCAAAGCAAUUGGGCCCAUUCAUGGACAUUUGAAUGUGAGAAAUGGUCUUAACGUUUCUUCUUGCUGUACUCCCAGCUGUGAAAGUGAAGCUCUAGCAGUUGCCGCAGCCAUGGAGAAAGGAUCAACCCAUCCUAUUGGGAGGGCAGUGUUACAUCACUCUGUUGGGAAGGACAAGGACCUUCCAAAAGUUGUUCUACAAAGCUUCGAGUCCUUACCUGGUAGAGGAGUUUUUGCUACUUUAAGCAUCACAAAGGCAUCAAACAAUGAAAACAAACUCUCUACGGCUGCUAUCGGUUCUGUGGAAUAUAUUUCUUCGCUAUACAGAUCAAAUGGUGAAUGUGAGCAGGUACAAGAGGCAAUAAAAAGUUCUGCAUAUGGUCCUGAAUUUGUCCAAGCUGCUCUAUUAAUGGAUAAAAAGAUGACCCUUUUCCACUUCGAGGAUGAACCCCGUCCUGGUGCCCGUGAAGUUAUAUCCGCCUUAAGAGAGAAAGCAAAACUUCGCAUCAUGAUGCUCACUGGAGAUCAUGAAUCAAGUGCUCUGAGAGUUGCUAAAGCUGUUUGUAUUGAUGAAGUGCACUGCUGUUUGAAGCCAGAGGACAAACUGAGUAAAGUAAAAGCAGUUUCAAGGGGAGGUGGGAGUUUAAUAAUGGUCGGCGAUGGUAUAAAUGAUGCGCCAGCUCUUGCAGCUACAACUGUUGGCGUCGUUCUAGCUCAACGUGCCAGUGCAACAGCAGUAGCUGCUGCAGAUGUUCUGUUAUUGCAGGAUAAUAUCUGCGGGGUGCCAUUUUGUAUUGCUAAAGCUCAUCAAACAACUUCACUGGUCACGCAAAGUGUAGGGCUUGCCCUAACUUGUAUCCUUCUUGCUGCGCUUUCUUCUGUCUUGGGAUUUCUUCCUCUUUGGUUGACGGUGCUUGUUCAUGAAGGAGGAACCCUUCUUGUCUGCUUGAACUCGAUACGAGCCCUCAAUGCCCCUACAUGGUCUCUGGCAGAUGAGAUCCGACAACUUGUUGAUGGCCUGAGGAAGUAUAUCUCGGCAAAGUUGAACAACUGCUCAAAUUAUGCAGCUAAUACUGCCCGUUGUAGAUUUGUAUAGUGACAAAUAUCUACAUGAACCGUUGGAAUUUAGGUGGAGGGGUUAUGGACCUAAUAUUUGUAGGUUGUACUCAGCUCACCACCAUGUAAGUAAAUAAACAAUGCUGAUCAUCCUGUAACUAAACAUCUGAUCAGGCUUGUUCGAUCCUUCGUAAAUAUUUUACUCCUGGUGUUUUUAGGGGUAUUUACUCC